AUGAGAAAGCUGAGGAUCAGCAAUAUCAAUAAUCUCAAGUACAGUGCUACUCAUGGUAAUAAGAAGUUUGCCCAUGGUGCUACUGAGCUCAUCAGAACAAUGGAAGCAAAAGCUCGACGUUUCUCCGAUAUCUUUAUUAUGGAUGCUAUACGCAAGACAAACUGUGUGAAGAUGUCAUUGGUUUGCGUAGAGGGUGUCAGUAACCUAGGUGGAGAAAGGUUGAAGAGCUUUCUUGUGUUAGAUGCUAUUGUAUUGCUCGAAACUAAAGAGCUAGUACCCAUAAACAGACCCAAAAUCCUUGAUUAUAUUGCGAAGAUGAAGAUAGAGAUACAUGUUUGGAGAUAA